AUGUUUUUUGAUUUUCUGAUUCCCUCAGACCUGAUACACGAGUGCAUGUACUGCGGGGUGCGGUUCAGCAACCCCAAAACACUCCAGGCGCACAUCACCAGCUACUGCUCCAAGAAGCCAGCCACAGAACUAAUAAUGACGUCAUCCUCCCCAGCAACAUCAUUGUCUUCGUCAUCAUCUUCGUUGUUAUUCGCUACAAACACAUCUUCAUCGACACCACCACCAUCGUUCUUACUGCCAUCAUCAUCAUCAUCAUCACUGUCAAUGCCGCCAUCCUCCUUCUCCUCCUGUCCCUCAGCCUCGAGUGAGGUGACCAAAAACAUGAUGCUGUUGACAUUCAUGCAAGAGCAAUUGAGAAUGUACUACUAUGCUAACUACUUGAACAGGUCGGCUUCGAACCCCUUCGAAAGUGAAAUGUUGAAAGUUGCACCUGUAUCUGGCAACCAGUGCAACGAACAACAACUGACAAGCGGGGGAGUACCCAGCAAUUAUGAUCAAAAAUUUUCAGUUCCAGAUUUUAACACCAAUUUUUUUGAAAAUAAUAUGGAGCACUUUUUGAAACAUCAGCAUGAAGCGCAUCAAUUACAUCACACGCAAAUAAAACUGGAACAACAGCCCGAACAAAAACUGGAAAGUGUGACAUCAAAGAGCAAAAGUUUUUGUCAAAAAAACAACCAAAUCAAAAACAAAACUGACAACACAAACAGACACAUCAAUGAAAUGAAUGAAAACACUAAUACAAAUCUGAAAUAUGGCUCCAACCAGACCAAACCAACAAAAACAUCCAACACCCGACCGAAUCAAGCGUCGCCAACAACGACAACGGUGCAUACAUCUCAGGCUCCCACAACAUCACAACCUCUCUAUAACCCUUUUCUCUACACUCCACCAAAGCAUCAGGAUGCCAACACGAGCCGCCACUCCAGCGAAACAUGCUCCAGUUCUUUCUCAAACUUAUCAAGCCACGAAGGCACGACAACAAUGACAACACUCUCAAAACCCAACAACAGCAACAGUAGUUGCAGCAACGGCAAACACUUCAAGCGACAUCUCGAUAGCGACAAAAAAAUUUCAGAUUGCGUGAAAAAGGAGCCAAGCGAUUCCAUCGAUGUCGUCAACGAUUGUGAAGAAGAUCAAAGAAUGUGUGUGACAGACAAACUAGAGAAAUCGAUACUCUCAUCAUCAUCGUCGUCGAAGCCAUCCUACUCAUCCUCGUCAUCAUCAACAUCACAGCAAUCAACGUCCCAACCAACAUCUUUCCACGAUGCAUCAUCGUCUGCAGCGGCACCAACAUUAUCGCCACAACAGGCGAAUGAUUGGAAAUUGUUAGAAUCAUUUCGAGAAAAAUUCUUUAAAUUUUUGUUGACCCAGUACCCUCUCUUCCAGCAGCUUCAACCAGGUCAUAGCAUCAACUCUAACCUGGAAAACGAUCAAAAUCACUUACACCAUUCUUAUUAUCAACUUUUGAGUAGCAUGACAAACAACUACAACAACAUCAACAACAACAAACAACUCAACAACAUUUCGGCACUUUUGUUCAACAACUUAUUGGCAUCAUCGCACCAGGGCAACGCCAUUUUUCAACAGCAACAACAUCAGCCGCAGCAGCAAUUACCAUCGCCAAGAUUCCCAAACAAAAUAUCCACCGUUUCUUCCGGGACCAACCGAUGCGUCGAAUGCAACAUCGUUUUCUUCAAAGUUGAAAAUUAUUUGGCUCACAAGCAGCACUACUGCGCUAGCCGGAACAACAACAAUAUCAUAAACAACAACAACAACAACAAUAAUAAUAUUAUUAUCGAAACCAAUAAUAAUUUAGUUAGCGCUGAUGUUAAUGCCAGUAAUGAAGUUGACGCCAGGAACGUCGCAAGCAGCCUGAACUUCAUUAGCAACAAUCAACUUAACAUUAAAAACAACAUGAGAAACUUCAGCAAAAGGAGCGACGUCAGCAAUGAUAAUGUACAGAACAACAAUUCAAAAAUAACCAAAAAAAUAAAAAUCAGCCACACAGAGGAUCAAUACGUCGACACAAAUCUAACAAGCAACAAGAUGACGGAUGAAGAAGUUGACUUGGAAGACGAAAGCAGCAAAUUCGAUUUGUCACAUCCGAACCAGACCAUCCUGGCAAAUAGAACAUCCCUGCAACAUUUCUGCAUACCAUGCAAAAUCAGAUUUAGCAGCAUUGAAACACUGAAAGCUCAUAAAAAGUUCUACUGCUCAUCAAGGUUCGACAACAGUAACGACAACGAAGAUGAGGAGAUGGGCAGCUGCAACAAAACCACAGCAGGGGACUCGGGUGAAGACAGGCCAGUCAUUUCUUGCGGUUUAUGCGGUCAAAUAUUUCAAAACGAACAAUCGCUUUUGAUCCACUUCUGUACAGGCAAACUCGACAAACAAGCCCACCUGGACAUGUACCGUUGCCCUCACUGCGACUAUGUAGCCCAGAGCGAAAACCGAUUGAUCGAUCACGCUCGAACGCACCACAUAGUACCGGCUAAAGUGUAUCGAUGUCUCCUCUGCGGAUAUCGUGGAAAUACAGUUCGAGGUAUGCGAAUGCACGGUAAGAUGCAUAAUGAUGCCGGCGAGACAUUUACCGACGAUAGCAUGCUGGAGGUGGAAGAAAUACCAGCAGUUAACUUGCGAAAAAGCAAGCAGCAGAGUACGCACCUGCCACAACAAACGAACAUCCCGAACAUCAUAGCAAACAAUAACGUCGUCUUCGACCGUGGCGGUUUCAACUCCACUUUUUAUGGAAACGCAAACGAUGUACCAGACAUCGAACUAAUAAGGAUGAAAAAUGAGCCAUAUAAGAGAAGAAGAUCAAGGAAGGCGUAUGAAAAAAUAGAGUACAACAAUGUUCACAGCAGCGCCAACAACAAUGUUAACAUUUACAAUAACCAGUGUCCAAUCAAACCUCCAUUCAACAACGGCUUCGUUAAAAUACCACUGGUGCCACAACAGUACCGAUGCAAGCACUGUCCCGCAAUGUUCGCCCUGGAGAGUCACUUGGAGAUCCACAUGUUGAGUCACAUGCAGCAGGACAACUCAAUGACCUCACCGGCCGCGUCGUCUCUGUCGUCACCAACCACAAAAGCCCCGAGACCCCACAGCAAGUUUAACAACCUUUCCAACAUUUCUUCUCAUCAAAUGGCCUUGACACCGCCAUUUAUUUUUCAGCAACCAAACAGCCGGGGUCCGACUAAACGACAUCUCGAAACAAAUGCGCCACUAAUUGCAGUCAAAAAAGAGCCCGAUGGCUGCAGCAGUCUGGAAAGUGACUGUGUGACGUCACUGGGAAAGAGGAAAAAAACUAGUGAAGGAGUGCAAGACUAUAACAAAGAAUUUAACAUUUGUCCAGAUAACGUAAUAAAAAUUGUGCCAAAAUUAGAGUAUCAAGAGAAUUCAAAUUCUUCCGCUGACGAAAAUGAGCACGAGAGUAAAAACAUUGGACUAAUUACCGCCAAUCGAACAGAAAAAAAUUACAAAAAAGGCAUCUCUCCGCUGCAAAGAAAUGAAAACUUCACUAACGUUCAAAUCUUUAACAACAAAGACAUCAUCAAACAAAAACAACAACAACACCUAAAAACAAAUCAACCUGAAAGCUCCAAUGUUGAGAUGAACGGGAACAACGACAAAGUUGCCAACAGCAAGCGAGAUGCCACGGCAAUUAUUCAACUGAACGAACCGACAGUACAACCGGAUCCGGCCAAAUAUUGCAAACAGUGCAACAUCAACUUCAUGUACGCUUCGACGUACCUGGCUCACAAAAAAUAUUACUGCUGUCAAGAGCAGGAUGGCAAAGUUGCUGACGACUCGGAUGUUAAAAUUAAAUCCGAUCCCAAUUAAGAAAAACCAUUGGUGGAAAGAAAGAGAAAAAAGAAAGGAGAAGCAAAGGAAUGACGGAAAGAGCGUGAAGAAGAGAAAAAUGAAAAAAGUAGAAAUAAUGGAUUUUAUAUUGAACGAUAACAAAAUUUAUGUUUAUUCGUAAAUGAAUAGCUGGAAUAGUUUAUUUAUAACUUGCUAUCUUUUUAAUUUAUUAUGAAAUGUCCGCCGCAAAACCCAGCCGAGAAUGUAACAUGAUCAUCUUCACGGCUUGCUAUGUUGCUACGAACCAAGUUCGCAAUUAAAAUAAUAAUUUUUUUAAAUGCAAUAACAACUGUAAGUUUUAUUAUCACUAUUCAAUAUUAUGAUUACAGUUAUGAUUAUUUUAUUUGUAUUAUUAUUUAGGUUUUAUUUUUCUUUUAAUUUUUUAAAACCCGGAUAAUCUAUCGCACCAGCUUUAUUCAAGUUGUUUAUUUUUCUUGUAUUGAUGUUAAACGUAAAAUAUGGCCAUGAAAUUUUCGCCCUCUUUUUCGCUUCAACAAUACAAAAACAUCAUCACGAUUGAAUAUAAGAUGUUUUUUGUCAACAUUAUUAUUGUGAUUAUUUGUUUAUUUGUUUAUUCAUUUAAAUAUUCAAUUAUUUAUUAAUUUAGUUAUUCAUUAAAAUAUUUUAAAUAUCUGUAAUUGUUAGUCUUAUUAAUUUUAUAUAAUUGGUACUCGAAUUUUUAAACUAAUUUUAUCGCGGUUAAAUCAUAAAUGUUGAAUAAAAA